AUGAACGGACAGCGACGCUCUACUCGUCUUGCUGAUCGCCCUACCUCCCCCAGUCCCUCCAGACCCCAACGGAGAAAACGAUCCCCUCUGACGCGGUCUACUUCGGACGAGGAUGAGAACAGAUAUGCGAAGGGGGUGGUAUCCGGGUCACACAGCGAGGAUUCGACUCGAGGGGAUUCCCCCAUGACACCGAAACUGAAGAAAAGACGAAGCACAACCAAAGAGCGGUCAGCACGAGAUCCAUACAGUCCCGUCAAUAAUUUGGUGGAUAGCCUGCGACCCGGACUCAUUCUGGUAUUUAUCGGCCUCAAUCCCGGACUUACGACAGCUGCAACUGGCCAUGCUUAUGCACAUCACUCCAAUCGAUUUUGGAAUAUCAUUCAUUCCAGUGGCAUUACCCCCAGGAAACAUCAGCCAUCCGAGACACGCGGCCUUAUGGAUCUCUACCUGAUCGGAAACACCAAUAUCUGUGCCCGGCCGACGAGAAGUGGUGAUGGAUUGAGUCGGCAGGAGCUGGAGGAAGGGGCUGUCAUUCUUGAAAGGAAAAUAGCCGAAUUCAAACCAGAAGCUGUAGCCAUUGUUGGCAAAGGGAUCUGGGAAGCGAUCUGGAUGAUGAAGAAAGAAAAGAAAAAAUUCAAUGAUCCAGACUUCCACUGGGGCUGGCAACACGAGGAGAUGCAGGUGGGUAGGACCAAGGACGGGGAAGGAAAUAUACUGUGGGCUGGCGCGAAGACGUUUGUGGCUACAUCUACUAGCGGACUUGCCGCCACACUUACGCCGGCGGAGAAGCUAGCUAUCUGGAAGCCAUUGGGGGAUUGGGUGACCAGGAGGCGGGAGGCCAUGCGGCUCUCGAAUGCUCAGGAUUCUGGUUGA